AUGCAAAUAUUAUUAACAUAAAGAAAAAACAACGAUAACGGUCAGUUAGUUAUUAAUCGUAUACAUAAACUCAUCAUAAGUAGUUCCCUUAUCGUAAUUUAGUGCGUUCUUCCUAUUUUGAUAACCCACACUGUGAAUAGUUGGACUGAAAACUGAAUUUUAGUUUUUUUCCAUUGAUUCAGAAGACAUGUUGAAAACUAACAUGAUAAAAGAAAUCUGCAUUCUAUUGAUAGUAACGACCCUGGUGAAAAAGACGGUACCAGCCUUAGUAGGACAGAGCGACAUACCAAAAUGCUCCUACGGAGACAGGGGAUCCCUAACUGCGACAUGCAUUAAUGCUUAUCCAAACUACUUCAGAAGCACUACUUAUAGAUUCGAUCAGCUAGAUGAAACUGUAUUGUGCUUAAACUGCACUCUAACAACUAUAGAUACCGGCAAUUUCGACAUAUCAGGCAAUCAAAUAAGAAACUUGUGGUUAAAUAACAGUCGCAUCGAAAGGAUCAGUCCAAAAGGAUUUAUGGGAUUGAUAUUUUUAGAAAGAUUAUAUUUAAGUUAUAAUAAAAUCAAAUCAAUCGUUCCGACCACUUUUUCGGGGGUGAAAAAAAUCAAAUAUAUAGAUUUAUCCCAUAAUGAAAUAGAGCUAUUGGUAAACGACGGGUUUCUUGAAUUACAUAGUUUAGAAGAACUAAACUUGGAAAGUAACUUGAUUCAAACUAUAUCUGUAAGCGCAUUCAACGGUUUAACGAUUAUAAAAACAAUUAAUCUCAGAGAUAAUAGAAUAAGAGACGUAAAUGGAGUUUUCGGCAAUAUGACCUCAUUAAAUAUACUUAAUUUGCAAUAUAAUCGUAUAACUACGUUAAAAGGAGACGAAUUUUUGAAUUUAACUGGAUUGAUGGAAUUGAAUUUAGCUAACAACAAUUUAAAGGAUGUCGUAUUGGAAUUGGAGCCUAACAAUGUAUUAAAAAACCUCUACUUACAGAAUAAUAUUAUAGAAGUCUUGGCAGCUAAAUUCUUGAAAGGAUUACACAACUUAGAAAACCUUGAUUUGAGCAACAAUCUUAUAUUUGAUAUAAGUAUAAGAACAUGGGAGAAGUUAUUUCAGUUACGUCGGCUUAACGUAUCAUACAACCAUAUCGGAUUAUUGCAAACCGGAACUUUCGCAGGAUUACCUCAAUUGGAGUUAUUAAAUUGUUCUCAUAAUAAUAUAACAGAAAUUAAAAUCACUGGAGUGUUUUCGUUGCACAGUUUACAUGCGCUUGACGUUUCAUAUAAUCAAUUAAUCGAUUUCGAUUACGUUGGAUUGAUCUCCAGGCUUCCGAGGCUCUCAUUUCUAAACCUAGAAGAUAAUAAGCUACCUUGUCCUUUGGAAGACGAAAUGGCUAGGUAUUUCGAAGAAGAUAAUUUCAAAUAUAUUCUGUAUAACGAAAAAGUUGGAUCCUUUAAAUGCGUGGACGUGCCGACGAAAAGUUCUCUAAAAAAUAUUACCGAACCGUUGAUUGCUACGGCUGAAUAUAUGCCAUCUAGAAUAUCCGGAGCUGAAGUUACUAUUAUUGUAUUGAUGUGUGUUGUGUUUGUGUGUAUAGGAUUCUUGUUUUAUAUGCAGUAUCGUACUUACCAAGAUAUGUAUUCAAACCGACCUAGUAGAGCUGUGUCAUCCGCUCGAUUGGUAUCUUCCGAAAUCGACAACGGCGACGACAGUUAUUUGCAAGGAUAAAACAAAUUCGUUUGGACUUAUAUUAGAAAUUUGUGAUACAAUUUGUUUGUGAAAAAUGAAAUUAAUAAAUAUUUUAUUUUUUUUUAUCUUACUUGCUUAGUAAAUAAACAAAUCCCGUCAUUUUUUAU